UUUACUGAUAAUACUGUUUUCUUUUGUGAAACCCUUUGGGCUGUAUUUUGUUGAAUAUAAAAGGCGCUAUCUGAAUAUGGUUGAGUUGAGCGUGGCUGUGAACAGAUGUCAUUCAUUUUCAUUUCCAACUCAUGAAACUCACUUUUCUCGUGUGGUUGUUCUUUUUUGGAAGUGUGCCGGCACACACAGAUUCCCAAGGUCAUUUAUUGCUCGCGGAACACAGAUAUGAGCAUUCAAAAGAAAGCCGGAGAAGUUGUCAGGUAGGAUAUUAACAAUGGCGUCUUUCUGGUCGUCACAUGUCUCAUGCUUCCUUCAGGCUCUCUGGGUUGUCACAAAGCUGUCGUGGGGAGAAGUCACCUUCUUUAGGACUCUCAGGAGGUGCAGAGGCAGUAUCUCUCUGAAAAGAUUUGGGACUGAUCUUUUAAAGGAACGUGAUAUGUCAAGUGAAGCAAAAUCUCUAGAGGACAGCCACUGAAUAAUGCACGAUUACAUGUGUAUCACUUUUACGAUGUUGCCCAGCAGUAGUUACGACUAAAGAUCAUGUACAUCUAAAUUUAUAUACUGCUGCAGACGACAUUUUUCUGCCCUGUUUUACUGACUCCUCAGCUCACUGACAGAGACUUUAUGAGUUUAUUCAAUAAGAUGGGCACUUUUCCAUGUUUUUAUUUUGGUUGCAUCCUUUAUGUCAAACCGAAUAAAGUUCAUCUUUUAUUCUGACAGAGACAACCAUGACAUAGUUACCCUGCUAAAGCCAACACAAUGAUCUCACUCUAAUAACAGACAUUACAGCUCAAUGCCCUUCUUUCAAUGGGGAUGAUGCAUCAAGGGAAGUAACUAGAGUCACUGCUGACAGAUUCAUGAUUAACACUGACAACAAUACCUGAGUCUAUAAAUUCUGGUUUCUCUCCACUGCGUUCAACAUUCAUAGCCAGUAGCUACAAAGUCAUGGUAGAGUAGUCUUUUGUGUUUACAUACAGCCUAUUUUAUGGGUAUUACUGACACUCAUUUCAUGCAGCAUUCGUGUGUGUAAAUCUACAGGUAAGCUGGCAUUAUUCCGGGUAUCUUAUUUUGAUUAAUUCCUUGUACUCGUUGCCUCAGAUGAGUAAAUUAAAUAAUCCCUUACCCACGUGUUUUGCUCCUUUUCUGAAGGCAAGGAUGUGCUAAUUAUCUCUGCUCUUAUUUUCAGUCCGGCGCAGGCAAAAUAACCUUUCAGGAGCCUUAAGAGGAUAUCAUCAACAAUGUGGACCCUGGUUCUUAUUCUUUGUUUGGGAAAUAUUUUCAUCGGUGGCAAGGCCGCUGAUCAGCAUUCAGAGCCAUCCCCUGUAAUCCCGCGCUCAGAAACGGCCUCCCCUGCUCUUUUAAUACUGGAAAAACAGAAAUCCAACAGCUCAAUUCAUCCACCCCAAGUAGCAAGACCAAAAACACCGCACCCUCCUAUGUGCCUGGAGUCGGCUGGGAUCAGAGGCACUUUCAAAUAUAUCAAUACUGUGGUGUCUCUUGUUGUUUUUGUGGUUGGGAUUGUGGGGAAUUCAGCCUUACUGAGAAUCAUAUACGUAAACAAAUGCAUGAGGAGCGGACCUAACAUUCUCAUUGCCAGUCUUGCUCUGGGCGAUCUGCUUCACAUUGUGAUAGACAUUCCAAUCAAUGCAUACAGGGUGAGUAACUCACUUCAUGCUGUGCAGUUAUAAAGAGAAAACUAUGCUGCACCUUUUCCUGCUCUUUUGAUCCUUUCUAACACCACAAUCUCACCUUGAAUUGAUUGUUAAUGUGUUUUCUUUUCACUCUGAAAAUUGCUCUUUGUUGUUUCAGCUCAUGGCAGAAGAUUGGCCAUUUGGUUUGUUAUUGUGCAAACUCGUCCCUUUCAUACAGAAAACCUCGGUUGGAAUAACAGUGCUGAGCUUAUGUGCUUUAAGUGUGGACAGGUAAGGAGAUAAGCAGCACCGUCCUCAGCCUUACAAGAAAAUAGCCUUGCAAGGAAGUGUCUGUGUUCCAUCAAAUAGACAGAUUUCUUUAGCAUUAGCCUUUAACUAAAGCAAUAUAUAUAUCUUUGUUACAGACACAUAGUCCCUCAAGCCCUAAUAUUUCCUGAUUGAUUUUGCAGAUACAGAGCUGUAGUAUCCUGGAAACGAAUCAAAGGCAUCGGGGUCUCGGUGUGGACAGCAAUCGAAAUAACUCUGAUAUGGGUUAUUUCUAUUCUGCUGGCGGCGCCUGAAGUGGUCGGCUUUGAUAUGAUAACAAUGGACUAUAAAGACAAGCUUCUGAGAAUAUGUCUGCUUCAUCCCAUGCAAACCACACAAUUCAUGCAGGUAGGGUAACAAUCUCCAAGAUAAAACAACCAGAUCAACAUGUGUUUGUCAGGUGUUUGAUGGAAAUGUGACAUGCAAUGUUUCCAACUGAGUUUCUCCUCUCACAGUCUUGGUGUUGCCCUUGUAAACCCAGGCAUGUACAUGUGAAAUAUUGUUUUAUGAAUGCCGUAACAUAGCAACCGCUGGGCUGACUGUAAGCUCUGUCAUGUUUAAUCAACAGUUUUAUAAAUCAGUAAAGGACUGGUGGCUCUUUGGCUUCUACUUCUGUAUGCCACUGGCUUGGACUGCGGUUUUCUACACUCUCAUGACCAGGAAAAUGCUCAGAAAUACUGAGAAUACACUCAGCGACCACACCAAGCAGGUUAACACUUUAAGGCCACUUUUUUCUCUCUUUUUAAGCACAUUUGAGUGUAAAAUCGACUUCGGUAUUGAUCUUUUUUUCUUUUUUUUUUGUUCUUUUCAGAGGAGAGAAGUGGCGAAAACUGUCUUCUGCCUGGUGAUUGUGUUUGCACUUUGCUGGUUUCCUUUAUACUUAAGCAGGAUUUUGAAAUUAACCAUAUAUGAUGAAGUAGAUCCAAACAGGUGCCAGCUACUCAGGUAAGCAUCAUGAAUCUGGUCCCUCUUUUUGCACUUUUUAGAAAGUGAUUUUGAAUAACUAAGACUUUUAUUCUUCCCUCUAGUGCCUUACUGGUCUUGGAUUAUUUUGGUAUGAAUAUGGCAUCUCUAAACUCGUGCAUCAACCCCAUUGCCUUGUAUGUUGUCAGCAAAAGAUUCAAAAGAUGUUUCAAGGUAAGAUGCAUAUACCACCCUGCAGCUGUUUAUGUUUUGCAACUUAUGUAGGGCACUAUUGAAUUUUAAGGCAAACCCGGUGGGGGGUGAAAACUGUGAUCCACAUUGGGUGAGCUAUCAUAUGUGUCAUCAAGGACAUAUGGAGUCAUGUCUGUAAAGUGGCCAGACUGGAGCGAGCAAUGACCCGAGGGGGUAAUAAGUGAAAAUGGUCUGGAAAAACAUCGUCGGGUAGAGCAAGGGGAAAAAAAAAAAAAAAGAAGAAAAACAGACACUUGGCAAUCUACCAGACAAUUUGUCACCGAGUCAGAGUGAUGUGCGUUGAGGGAGAAGAAAACAUAGCUUCAAGGCAAUUUUCAAGGGAAAUUUCUCUUUAAAAGCCUUUAUUGUAUUACGAGCUCAGAAGGACAUAUCUAAAACAUACUUUGAUUUGAUUUGGCUGUCACCACACCAGAGUGCUUUGAUUUGAUUUGGCUUUUUACACACAAGAGUGCAUGAAAAACGACCCUUCUUUUGCAAUGUGUUUUCCUUGCAUAUUUAUUUUCGGAUUUGAUGCACUUUUUCUUUAAGUGUAUCCUUUUUUCCAAUAAAGGGACAAAAGUCAGGAAAUUUUCUUCCUCAUAUGUCAUUGCAAACUGAUAUAAAGCAGAACCACUUUCACUGUGCCAUUUAGCAAUUCUGUAUUAAAGCAACAAGUCUGUUUACUGUAGGUCAUUACUCAAAGACAUGCAAAUAGCGUUCCACUCACAUUAUCCCUCACAUAAAUAAAACACAUAAUGUGCCAUUUUCAAGCACAUUUAAUGCCUGUUGUUCUCUAACCAAACUUCCUCUUCUCUGUGUGUUUGUGUGCGGUCUUUCAGGCGUGUCUGUGCAGCCCGUGUCUCCCUCUCCAAGCUGUUACCCAUGACGAGGUGCAGUCUGUUUUGAAGUCCAGAAUGCAGGAUCAAGCCUCAGAGCAGAGCUGCAACAUCAAAGCUCCCAAGCAGACUUCCACACCUCCACCUGGGCAGGAGAACACCUUACUGUGUUAGCAAAGCUCAUGUGGAACUGUGAAAAUCACUGCUAAGGUCUAAAAUAUUUCUUUAUUAAAUAUAUAUACGGCUAUCAAAGCAGCUAGAGAAGCAGCGGAACAACCUUGACAUGCCUUCCUAAUGAUAUAAAAUACCUUGUGAAUAGCACGUCCUUUGUACUGCUGUCGUCAGCUGAACAUCUGCUUUGGCAUGAGCAACCUGGAGUCAGACUGUUCAGACUAUUUGCCCUCGGGGGGCUUGACUCACUCCC